AUGGCACGCGUCCAUCGCAACCUGCUGAUACUGACUAUGCUCAUUCUCAGCGCAAAAUCCCAAACAGACUCCAACAACAGUUUCACUGAAGAUACCCAUCAUCAGGAAAUACCCAAUGAAAACCCAACAGCAGAAGAAAGAAACACGAAUUUCAACUUGACGAACACGUCCAGCGAAGAGUUCGAGGAGCUGACUGAUCAAGACAUCCUGGACUACAUCUAUCCGAAGUCCUGGACAUGGGCUCUGAUUUUCUUUCAUUGCGUGGUAUUUUUGGUGGGACUGGUGGGAAAUUGCUUGGUUUGUGUGGCGGUGUACAAGAAUCACACCAUGAGGACGGUCACCAACUAUUUCAUCGUCAAUUUGGCAGCUGCUGAUUUUCUGGUUAUACUCUUCUGCUUGCCGCCGAGUGUUGUCUGGGAUGUGACUAAUUUGACUGGUGGUCGAUCAGGACAACUGAAUACUUUUGCGAUGAACAUGAAUGCCAGCACCGAAGGCCAACUGAGAUCGAGACGGAAAGCUGCCAAAAUGUUGGUCGCAGUCGUCGUGAUGUUCGCCUUUUGUUUUCUGCCCGUACAUCUAUUGUCUGUUCUCAGAGCAUUCGACUCGUGCUGUCAAAGAGACUCCGCCGACAGAAAUUACUACCAAUAUGGCGGCACUUUUUACAACAAAGACUCCGGAUUCGCGUCCAGAACGCAAUCGAGGAACGACUACGAAAUCCACCGGCUGAACACCUACAGGGAGGCCAAUAAUUCCAAGUUGACGAGGAAGAAUACCAGGACGAGCGUUCUGCAAGUGGACAUCUGAAAGGUGCGAUUUACGAUUGAAAAUCCUGAUCCUGAUGAGAAUUUAGUGUAAAUAUACGAUUACGUGUGUCAUUUUGGAUUUUGAUAUCAAUGUUGUGAAGUGGUUCAUGUAUGUACAGGGUGGUGGAUCGCGUAAGCCGUAAGUGAUGAGUUGUGCACCUAUACACCAGUCAGACCAAUCGACCCCUAUCUCCCCCAUGCAU